UUCAACAACCAAUCACCUUCAACCCUCCUCCUAUUUCUCUCCCCUCACCUGAGUUGACUUUCAUCGGAGGAACUUGUUGUGCAUCGCGUUUCGCCCUCAUGGCUCUCAAUCGACGGCAGCCGCAGCUUCCGGCGGUGGCUAAACACGGCCUACUCUCUUCACGCGUCUCUUCACAAGGCAUCACCCGGUCUGGCCUUCUCUCCGUCCUCGCCCUUCUAGUCCUCCUCCUCCUCGUCUUCCUCCAAUUGCCUGGUCGUCGACCCGUCUCCGCCCUCUUAUACUCUUUCUCCCUCGGCGAGGUCGACGAGGUCGAUGAGGGACCCGUAUCCCGAUGGAAGGACUACACCGUCGCUCGCGCGGCGGCCUUCGCCGCCCGCAACGACACUCUCAUCGUUACCUCCGUGAGCGAACCCUUUCUCCCCAUGCUGAACAACUGGCUCAUCAGCAUCGCGCGGCAGAAGCGGCAGGACCAGGUGCUCAUCUUCGCCGAGGACUACGCCACCCUCUACGAGAUCAACCGCCGGUGGCCCGGCCACGCCGUCCUGGUCCAGCCCGCUCCCGAUUCCCAAACUGCCCACGAUUACGGAUCUCAGGGGUUCUACAACAUCACAUCGCGGAGGCCUCGCCACUUGCUGGACAUUCUGGAGCUAGGAUACAGCGUCAUGUACAACGACGUCGACAUAGUGUGGGUGGCGGAUCCAUUCCGUUACCUCGAAGGCGAUCACGACGUCUACUUCACGGACGACAUGUUCGCUGAGAAGCCUCUGAAUCACUCUCACAAUCUGCCACCUCCGGAGACCGACGGCCAGACCAACAUCUGCAGCUGCAUGAUUUUCCUCCGUCCGACGAGGGGCGGCAAGAAGCUGAUCCGCAACUGGAUUGAGGAAAUCCGAAAGCAGCAUUGGUCGGAGAAUGCGAAGCCACAUGACCAGCCCGCUUUCAAUUGUGCUCUGCGCAAAACUGCAAAAGAGAUGGAUCUGCACUUGCUACCUCAAGCUGCAUUCCCAUCGGGAGGGCUGUACUUCAGGAACGCGGAUUGGGUGAAGAGAACUGAGGGCAUGCACGCCAUCGUCCAUAACAACUACAUGAUAGGGUUUCAAAACAAGAUAAAGCGUUUCAAAGAUUACGGACUUUGGCUGGCGGAUGACCACGCCGAUGAAUCACCGCUCGGCCAGAUAUAAUUAAUUUAUAAGCCGCCAGGCAUCCACUCGCCGGACUGCAGGCUUUGCCGUGUAGCAAUUUUACCUUUCAAAAUAAACCAAAAUUGUAGGCUAAAAUUUCCCAGUGGUUACGUUAUUGUCAAGGACAAUAAGUGCUAUUAUCUUGAGUUGGUAUCUGUAUUACUUUUUUAAUGGAUUAUACAAUGCAAUG